AACAGAUCUCUUACUCAAACAAGAUCUACAAAGCUCACUUUCUUCAUUUCUGCGAUCGGGCUCUUCGAUUUCGAUGAAUUAAAUUACAAAUUUUUCAAUUCUUCGCUAACAUUCGGCUGGUUACAGAUUCAUUCUUAUUCACGAAUUAGAAAGAGAGCCAGACAGAGAAAGAGACGGAGAGCGCUCUGAGGAGAUGGCUUUCAUGGCUGUUCUUGAAUCCGAUCUCCGCGCUCUGUCCACCGAAGCCCGACGCCGCCACCCCGCCGUUAAAGACGCCGCUGAACACGCCAUAUUAAAGCUUCGGACACUGUCAAGUCCUAGUGAAAUUUCUCUUAAUGAUGACAUCGUGCGGAUCUUUUUAAUGGCAUGUGAGGUUAAAACUGUCAAGCUUAGUGUUAUUGGACUUUCAUGUCUACAAAAGCUCAUCUCUCAUGAUGCAGUUGCCCCAUCAGUUCUCAGUGAGAUACUUCCUAUAUUAAAAGAUCAUGCUGAAAUGUCAGAUGAGAAUGUUCAAUUAAAGACUUUACAGACUAUAUUAAUAAUAUUUCAGUCACGGUUGCAUCCUGAAAGUGAGGAGAAUAUGGCUCAAGCUCUUGGAAUCUGUCUUCAACUUCUUGAAAACAACCGAUCUUCUGACAGUGUUCGGAAUACUGCUGCUGCUACCUUCAGGCAGGCGGUAGCUUUGGUUUUUGAACAUGUUGUCCUCAUCGAGUCUCUUCCACCCGAAAAGUUUGGUUCUGGAAGUUAUAUGUCUCGAACAAGCUCAGUUACAAAUGAUGUUACUCGCAGUAUGAAUAAUUCAGAGUUGGAAAACAACUUUGAUUCAAGAAAGUCAUCAUUGAUGAGGGAGACCACAACUACUUCUGGGAAGCUUGGGCUUCGUUUGCUUGAAGACUUGACAGCUCUUGCUGCAGGUGGAUCUGCAUGUUGGUUGCGUGUUAGCUCUCUUCAACGGACAUUUGCACUUGAUAUACUUGAGUUCAUCCUAUCCAAUUAUGUGAUUAUUUUCAAGAUUUUGGUUCCUUAUGAACAGGUCUUGCGGCACCAAAUAUGUUCACUUUUAAUGACUUCACUUCGAACCAACUAUGAGCUUGAAGGAGAAGUAGGAGAGCCAUAUUUUCGUCGAUUGGUCUUACGAUCUGUUGCUCAUAUAAUUAGACUCUAUAGUUCAUCUAUUACUGAAUGUGAGGUUUUCCUUAGCAUGCUGAUCAAAUUAACUUUUCUUGAUCUGCCAUUAUGGCAUCGAAUUCUUGUUCUUGAGAUCUUAAGGGGCUUUUGUGUGGAAGCACAGACAUUACGGAUCCUUUUCCAUAACUUUGAUAUGCAUCCGAAGAACACAAAUGUCGUGGAGGGUAUGGUUAAAGCCCUUGCUCGAGUUGUUUCAAGUGUGCAGUUUCUUGAGACAAGUGAAGAGAGCCUGGCAGCAGUUGCAGGGAUGUUCAGUAGCAAAGCUAAAGGAAUUGAGUGGAGUCUUGACAAUGAUGCAUCAAAUAAUGCGGUCCUGGUUGCUAGUGAGGCACACGCAAUUUCUUUGGCAAUUGAAGGUUUGCUAGGUGUUGUCUUUACUGUAGCUUCACUGACUGAUGAAGCUGUGGAUGUCGGGGAGCUUGAAUCUCCUAGAAGCGAUUAUGUACCUUCAGCAAAAAGUACAGGAAAAACUGCAGUUCUCUGUAUUUCAAUGGUUGAUUCGUUGUGGUUGACAAUUCUUGAUGCUCUGUCCCUUAUUUUAGCAAGGUCUCAAGGAGAGGCUAUUGUGUUGGAAAUAUUAAAAGGGUAUCAGGCAUUUACUCAGGCAUGUGGAGUUCUUCAUGCCAUAGAACCUUUAAAUUCUUUCUUAGCAUCACUUUGCAAAUUUACUAUCAAUUUUACAAAUGAAGUGGAAAGAAAAAGUGGUGCAUUACUAUCUCCUGGAUCAAAACGUUCCGACAUGAUUUCUGAUCAGAGAGAUAACAUUGUCCUAACACCGAAGAAUGUGCAGGCUUUGAGGACUCUCUUCAAUAUUGCUCAUCGACUACAUAAUGUGUUGGGCCCAUCUUGGGUUUUGGUGUUGGAAACUUUGUCUUCUCUGGACAGAGCAAUCCAUUCGCCACAUGCCACCACACAGGAAGUUUCCACAUCUGUGCCAAGACUUUCAACAACAUCUUCCGGCCAAUACAGUGAUUUCAGUAUUCUUUCCUCUUUAAAUUCUCAGCUGUUUGAGAGCUCAGCACUUAUGAACAUAUCUGCUGUUAAGUCACUUCUUUCUGCACUUUGUCAACUGUCUCAUCAAUGUAUGCUUGACACUUCAAGUGGUUUUGGACCAUCAACAAGUCAGAAAAUUGGGAGUAUCAGUUUUUCAGUUGAAAGAAUGAUAUCCGUCCUUGUCAAUAAUCUUCACCGUGUGUUACCAUUGUGGGAUCAAGUUGUUGGCCACUUUCUUGAGCUUGCUGACAAUUCUAAUCAGAAUUUGAGAAACAUGGCACUUGAUGCAUUGGAUCAAUCAAUUUGUGCCGUUUUAGGUUCUGAAAAGUCUGAAGAUCACACACUGUCCAGAUCUGAUGACAAUUCUCAAGAUUUAGGAAGUAAUGAAACAGAAUUAAGAUUGCUUGAAUCUGCUGUCAUAUCUCCUCUGAGGGUCCUAUAUUCUUCUCAAAGCAUUGAUGCUCGUGCCGGGUCGUUGAAAAUUCUACUGCAUGUCUUGGAGAGGUGCGGAGAAAAACUGCGAUACAGUUGGCCUGAUAUACUUGUAUUGUUGAGGUCAGUUGCAGGUGCGUCUGAAAAGGAUCUUGUCACCCUGGGUUUCCAGAGCCUGCGUGUAAUUAUGAAUGAUGGACUUUCAUCCAUACCUCCAAACUACCUCACUGAAUGCAUUGAUGUUACUGGAGCAUAUGGUGCUCAAAAAACCGAGUUGAAUAUAAGCUUGACUGCAAUUGGGUUAUUGUGGACUACAACAGACUUCAUUGUGAAGGGAUUGUCACAUGAGCCUGCAGAAGAGAAGGAAACAGAAAUUGCAGAGGUUAAUUCUGUUUCAGAUAAAAUGGAUGGUCAAAAUGGGGAAGAGCAGCCUGACAAUAUAUCCAAUGACAUGAACAGGCAUUCUUCCUCAGUCAAUAUGGUGAGCGGAGAUAAGUUGAUAGUCACUGUUUUCUCAUUGCUUCAAAAACUUGGAGCUGAUGAAAGGCCAGAGGUUAGAAAUUCAGCUAUCAGGACACUCUUUCAAAUUCUUGGAGGUCAUGGGCAAAAACUUUCGGAAAGCAUGUGGGAGGACUGUCUCUGGAAUUAUGUUUUCCCAACAUUAGAUCGUGUUUCCCAUAUGGCAGCAACUUCAUCAAGGGAUGAAUGGCAAGGGAAAGAACUUGGAAUUCGAGGAGGAAAAGCAGUUCACAUGCUUAUUCAUCAUAGUCGGAACACAGCUCAGAAACAAUGGGAUGAGACACUUGUACUAGUUUUCAGUGGAAUAGCUCGAUUGUUGCGUUCUUUCUUUCCUUUCCUCAGAAACAUAAACAAUUUCUGGUCAGGGUGGGAAUCUUUGCUUCUCAUUAUAAAAGAUAGCAUUUUCAAUGGUAGUAAAGAAGUUUCUCUUGCCGCGAUAAAUUGUUUACAGACAACUGUGCUUGGUCAUUGCAGCAAGGGGAACUUGCCAAUGCCUUACCUUGUUUCAGUACUUGAUGUGUAUGAGGUUUUUAUUCAAGAAUCUUCAAACUACAGUACAACUAUCAAAGUGAAGCAGGAGGUCUUGCUUAGUCUUGGAGAACUGUAUGUGCAAGCACAAAGGAUGUUUGACAAUCAAAUGUACACACGGUUGCUUGCAAUAAUUGGUUUAGCAAUCAAGAAGACUGUGACAAAAAGUGACAACUGUGAAGAUGAGUUUGGACAUGUUCAUCAUCUGCUGCGGACUGUACUGGAAGUCUUGCCAAUGUUAUGUCCAGCCAAGCACCUUUCUUCAAUGUGGCUCAUUCUUCUACGAGAACUCUUACAGUUUCCAGGUCUAGAUUCUCCUCCAAAGGGCGAGGAAGAGGAGGCAGUAGAUGUUAGUACUAGCGACCUUACUCCAGAUAUAUGGAUAAAAUGAAGCUUAUAUUUAUGCCUUUUUUCUGCAGAAGCCUCUGUCCAGAAGGCUGAAGUUCUGUCUCCAACCUCCAGUUCUGCUCAAGAAGCAACACUUAAUAUCCCCAGUUAUUUGUUUGCGGAAAAGAUUAUUCCUGUUCUGGUUGAUCUCGUUCUACAAGCUCCAGCAAUUGAAAAGUACAUCAUUUUUCCAGAAGUUAUCCAUAGCCUUGGGAGGUCAAUGAUAACGAGAAGAGACAAUCCUGAGGGUUCACUUUGGAGAUUAGCUGUUAAAGGCUUUAAUCGCAUCCUUGUUGAUGAUAUCAGCAAAAUACCCGUGGACAGUGAACCAGAUUCAAAAAUUAGUAAGCCAGCAAGAUCGCGUAUAUGGAAAGAAGUUGCAGAUGUCUAUGAAAUAUUUCUUGUGGGUUAUUGUGGACGUGCCCUUCCUCCCAAUUCCCUCUCCCCUACCGCUCUCAAGGAUGAUGAGUCCCUUGAGAUGACCAUUGUAGACAUUCUGGCUGAGCAGAUUCUUAAGUCCUCGAUUGACGCCCCUAUUGAGAUUCUGCAACGACUUGUUUCCACCUUGGAUCGCUGCGCGUCUCGUACAUGCUCUUUACCUGUUGAGACUGUAGGACUUAUGCCUCUUCACUGUAGCAGGUUUUCCUUGAAAUGCUUACAGGCAUUAUUUUCCUUGUGCAGCUUUAGUGAUGAAGGGGGUAGUUGGAACUCGACGAGAUCUGAAGUCAGCAAACUUGUGAUCAUGGUACUCAUGAUGAGAUGUGAAUGCAUCUUGAAUAGAUUUUUAGCCGAUGAGAAGGAGAUCGGUGAUCGUCCUCUACCAACAACAAGGCUUGAAGAAAUAAUAUCCGUCCUUCAGGAACUGGCUCAUAUAGUUAUUCAUUUCGACACUGCAUCCAUUCUUCCUCUGCAGCCGCAUUUAAGAACUAUCCUAGCAGAAGGAAAUUCCGACAAGAAGCAACCACAUCUGCUAGUUCUUUUCCCCACCCUCUCCGAACUAGUUGUAUCGAGGGAAGCGAGAGUAAGAGAGCUGGUGAAAGAUUUGCUCAAACUCAUUGCAAAGCAAUUGACAUUAGAAAAGGUAAUCACAGUCUCUUGAUACAUUUAACAUUUUCCUCUUUCUUCCUGUUUUUGAAGAAGAAAAAAAACAUGCUUGUUUGAUUGAGAGGUUCAAUAGGUUGAUCAUCUGAUUUUCCAUUUGUUAUUUUGUCACAAAUAGUUUGUAUAUUAUAAUGUAGGACAAAGCCCCAGUUUUGUUGUAUUUAAAGUAGUGUGUAACCU